AUGUCAGAUGAGCUGGCAAAACAGCUGGCCAGUUAUAAGGCACAACUUCAACAAGUAGAAGCUGCGCUGUCUUCUGAUGCAGACAAUGAAGAUCUCCUUAAAUUACAAAAAGAUUUGCAGUUGAUACACGCCAUGUUUGAUUUCAGGUGGAAAUGGACUCUGCAUCUUGUUCUUUCUGAGUCUCCAACUCACCAGAGAGCUAAUAUCCGCUAUGAGGUUAGCCAGCAAGUGACUCCAGCAGUGAUUGGAAUGCAGGACUGAAGAGAAUGACAAUUGGAUGUCAGCAGUAUUCAAACUCAGUGCCACCUGGUUCCUUGGAAGUAAUAGAGCUGACCAGAGACCUGUUGUCAAAUCAGCCAUCUGUUGCUGCAGCCAAUGCUGACAGCUCAACGAAUUCUGUGCCCAGUCACAAAUGGAAGACUGGUGACAAGUGUAUGGCCGUUUGGAAUGAGGAUGGACAAUUAUAUGAAGCGGAGAUUGAAGAGAUUGACCAGGAGAAUGGUACGGCUGCCAUCACCUUUUCUGGAUACGGUAAUGCUGAUGUGCUCCCCUUGGUCAACUUGAAACCUGUCGAAGAAGGAAAUGAUUCUGAAGAGCAGGGUGGCGACAAACCCAAAUCGAAGAAGGAAAUGGUCGCCCAGCAGAGGGAGUAUAAGAAGAAGAAAGCAUUGAAAAAGGCCCAGAGAAUGAAGGAGCUUGAACAGGAGCGAGAGGAACAAAAAGUAAAAUGGCAGCAGUUUAAUAAUAGAGCCUAUUCCAAGAACAAAAAAGGACAGGUAAAGAAAAGCAUUUUUGCCUCACCAGAGAGCGUGACUGGAAAAGUUGGAGUUGGCACAUGUGGGAUAGCAGACAGACCGAUGACUCAAUACCAAGACACGUCCAAAUACAACGUGCGGCAUCUUAUGCCACAAUAAUUAGCACUUGUAUAAAGUAUUUCCAAGACAGUGUAUUUCUUUUUUUUUGUGGAUGUCAUAUUACAUUAGUGCACUUUUAAUAGUUUUUUUGCCAAGUUCAUUUGGUGUAUCAGCACAAAAUUGUAGCUGUGUGAUACCAGAUAUGAAAGUUGAUUGUGUAUAGUUACCAUCCAUUACUGAAGCAGGUGGAGGAUUUGAUAAAUCGAUCUUCCUAUUUGAGGAAGUGUAAUUUUUACAAAUUGAUUUUUUUUUUUGUUUUGUAUGUAUAAUUGGGCAAUUUUAACAAAUAAAAAAGUAAAAUCA